AUCACCAAUGACAGUCGCGUUUAAAGGUUAAAAGGUUAAAAACACUUUUUAAAGUGUUAAGUUAAUAUGUUUUAUAAAAUAUUAGUGUUUAUAUUAUUUGCAAAUCAAACUGCAUGGUGUCAAAUAUCAACUAAAGAAAAUGGAUUAAGUAAUAGAGAGGAUCAGUUGAAUUGUAUACUCCCUGCCUACCCAAAAAACGGCGGGUAUGUAGCACAGGGCAGGCCUGAUGGUAAACCAGGCUCCGUCUAUGAUAGCAUUUUUCUGAACGUCACUUGUGACCGAGGCCAUGUCGCUAAAGGACCAACCUCUUUAUUCUGCUUCCAAGGACAUUGGUCCAGCUCUAUGCCAGAAUGCAUUCGUUACUGCAAUCUUAAUCCACAUCCAAGUGUGACGUACUACUGUAAACAAGACGGUAAAGACGGUUUCGAGGGCACUGAAUGCGACUCCCUAGUCCCGUCUGGAACUGUGGUGAGGGCGGAGUGUAGGAAACCAAACUACUACCAUGCGGGCAUUCAUCCUUUCAUGCGUUGCAUUGACGGUGUUUUUGAUUACAUCGCGAUAUGUGAGAUAGAAUGUGGAAUAAUAACGCCGCAAGGUAACGAGCUGAUAUCGUACGCUCGUGAUGCAUUAAGAGCCGAGGUGCCGUGGCACGUCGGGGUCUACCGCAAGUUGAACAAAACCCCAAGUUAUCAGUGCGGUGGUAGUCUAAUAAGCACAUCAGCAAUAAUAUCAGUGGCUCACUGCUACUGGGAUCCUAUUGAAAAGAAAAAAAAGCCGGCUUCUAAUUUCGUUGUCGCAGCGGGGAAGUUGUAUUUUCCUUGGGACGACACCAGAGAUGAAUAUAACGUCCAAAAACGCUCCGUAAAAAGUAUAGACAUACCAUCAAGAUUCCACGGACAAAACGCGAAUUUUCAAGGGGACAUAGCAAUUUUAAUUGUUGAUAAGUUAUUCGAACUUAAACCUUACUUGCGACCAGUCUGCUUGAAUUUUGAUUUCAAUUUCAAUAAAAGACAACUCAGGAAUGGAAACUUGGGCAAGUUCAGCGGUUGGGGUUACACGGAAGAAAUGAAGCAGUCAUUAGCUCUUCAGACUGUGGACUUGCCAUACGUCGGAGUCAACGAAUGCCUAUCUCUCCUCCCGAAAAACUUUGAGGUUUUUGUCACUAGUGACAAGAUCUGCGCGGGAUACACAAAUGGCACCGCAGUAUGCAAAGGAGACUCUGGAGGUGGGAUUUCAUUCCCAGAGACAGAACGUGGCGUUGUGAGAUAUUAUUUACGCGGUGUACUAUCAGUUUCGCCGGCCAAGGAGAAUGAUUGCGACCUUAAUAGUCUAGCAGUAUACACUGAAGUCUUCAAACACCGAGACUUCAUAGAAGAGAGCUUAGAUAAUUCCAAAUGGUUAUGUAAUGACAACACAUCGAUUCAAAUUGCAUUGAGAUGCAACGGUCAAGUUGACUGCCCCGACGGCAGUGACGAGGCUGCCGACAUGUGUGUCUCAACACAGAUUAACAUGACUCAAAAUACGUUUCUUUGCGUUUUGCCCGAAUAUCCCGAGCACGGGACAUAUACGGUGGAAGGUAUGCCGGACGCUAAAGCGAACAUGAAUGUGCUGUCUUUGCGGAUGAAAGUCGAAUGUGAACCGGGAUUUUUGCUGCAGGGUUCAGAGACGGUUACAUGCAACGCUGGCGAAUGGUCAUCGAAGAUCCCACAAUGCUCACGUGAGUGUACAUUAAAACCAUUGUUACAAUCGCCGAGUGUGGAGUAUUGGUGUGAAGCUCCAGACAGUGGGGAAAGGUCCGCCCCGUGUGAGGAGCGGCAACCGACUGGCUCGGUGGUGCGGCCGGCGUGUAAGGCGCCCUUUUACUACAGCCCUGUGUCGCUGCCUCUCAUGCACUGUAUCGAUGGCAACUGGGACUACGUACCAAAUUGUGUACAACAGUGUGGAAUACUGGCACCGGAGAAAGAAAGAAUAUCAUCGGUCCCAUACAAUGUCACUAAAGGCGAUUUGCCAUGGCAUGCCACAAUAUAUAUAAAAUGGAACAAAUCCUAUUCAGCUUUAUGCGGUGGCACAAUCGUAAGCCCUACUACAAUUAUAUCAGCUGCCCAUUGCUUCUGGAGUGAUAUACAGACUUUGCCUAGUUCGGAUUACGUGGUAGCGGUCGGGAAGCUGUACAGACCUUGGAAUAAUAAGAGGGACACAGACGCACAAAAGAUACCUGUUAAAACCAUAAAAAUUCCUAUAAGGUUUCGUGGUGCGGUAACCAACUACCAGGAUGACAUAGCUGUGGUAAUACUUUCAGAACCUAUCGUCUACACACGCAAUGUCCUCCCCGUGUGCCUCGACUUUGAUCUUAAUUUUAACAGGCGUCAGUUGGAACCAGGAUCAUUGGGAAAGGUUGGAGGUUUUGGUCUGGUAGACACGGGUGCCACUCGACCUCCACCUACCCUCAAAUCAAUCGAUCUACCCUACAUGGAUAUAACCCAGUGCAUUAGUAAUGCACCUACCCAAUUUCGAGAGUAUAUUACAUCGGAUAAAAUAUGCGCUGGAUAUAGCAAUGGUACAGAUGUAUGCAAAGGCGAUGGUGGCGGAGGACUGGUCUUCCCAGAGACAGAAAAACAAGUAACACGUUACUACCUACGUGGAGUACUUUCUACCUCGCCUGUGCCCGAUCAAUCGACUGGAGAUAGAUUUUGUCAUAACAUCGCAAUCAUUACUUUUACGGAGUUGAUCAGACAUGAACGCUUCAUUAGAGAGAAUAUGGAGAUCGCCAUGCCUCAGUACAAAGAUGAUGACAAUAUUAAGAAACCAGAUGGAGGAGAUAGUACAGUUCUUUGCAAGGUCAAUGAGUUCGGUUGUAAGUCAGGCGAGUGUAUCAAUGCCGCAUCCAUUUGCGAUGGAAAAAGAGACUGCAACGACGGUUCUGAUGAAUCUGACGAUGCUUGUUCUGGUGACAAUCGAGCGCAGAAACCAACAACAACAACUAAAAGACCAACAACAACUAAAAGACCAACAACAACAACUGAAAGACCAUCAACAACAAUUGUAACACCUAUCAGUAAUGAAGUAGCAACGGUUGACAAAUGCAUUCUGCCUUCCCAACCUGAAAACGGCGUGUACCACGUCGUGGGGGGUAAGGUGGUAGAUGGGGAGGCGACCUUCGUCCUACUCCAAUACUCCUGCUAUAAGAGAUUCGCAAUGCUGGAGGAUCCUAAGGUCUUCUGCUCGGACGGCAUUUGGUCAGGAAAGCGGCUCCCACAAUGCUUGCAGACCUGUUAUUUGGAUCGACAUGAAAGUAUGAACUAUAACUGUAUAAUAGACGGGACGGAAUCGACUAGACCAUGCAAAGACUUCGAAGUAGAAGGAACCGUCAUCCAGCCAACGUGCAAGGAGCCUAAUUAUUACACUCCGCUAGAGCUACCUUAUAUGGUCUGCAGACGAGGACAAUGGAGCACCUUGCCUACGUGUGUCCCUGAAUGCGGUACACUGACUCCUAAGGGCGCGCCAUUGGUGCUCGGCGGCGAGACGGCAAAGUUCGGUGACGUGCCGUGGCAUGCUGGUAUUUAUCACAAGAACUUCGAGAAUGGAACACAUGAUCAGAUCUGCGGCGGCUCGCUCAUCAGCAACUCCGUAAUACUGUCAGCUGCUCAUUGCUUUUGGGACGAAAGAGAAAAACAGUUACACAGCGUUAAAUGGUACGCAGUGGCGGUUGGGAAAUUACACCGAGAUUGGGACAACCCUGACGACGAGCCAUUCGCACAGAAAUCUGACGUUAAAAAGAUAGUUAUAUCGAAUAACUACUUGGGUAUCGACCUGAAUUACCGGGACGACAUCGCGAUCGUAAUAGUCUCGGGGCCUUUCCAAUACCAGACGUAUGUGCGCCCCGUCUGCCUCGACUUCAGACACGACUUCGCAGAGAGCCAGCUGCAGCCUGGCGUCGUUGGGAAGGCGGCGGGUUGGGGCCUCACGACAGGUCUCAAAGGUUCUGAGUCUCGCGAACUGAAGGUAGUGGACAUGCCUUACGUGUCGUAUGGUGACUGCGUUCGUCAGACAUCACCUGCGUUCAAACAGUACAUCACACACGACAAGAUCUGCGCUGGAGAUAAAGAUGGCAUUGUGCUGUGCCGCGGUGACAGCGGCGGUGGUCUCGCGUUCCCUGAGACCGUGUUCAACACAGUACGAUUUUACAUCCGCGGCAUCGCCUCAACAAGUCCACCGUCAACUGACAACAAAUUGUGCAAUAUACAUUCAUUUACCGCGUUCACGGCCAUUUCUACUUACCAGAACUUGAUAAAGACGCAUUGGCUCACAUAGCCUACGUUGUGGUGAAUAGGCUAAUUUUAAUAAAUAGGUUGAUUUUAAAUGACUGAAUAAGUGAAUGCUAAAUGAAUUUGAUAAAAUGGGCUUAGCCAUGUGUAAAUUAGCUCUGAACCAGUUUUUAAGUUCAGAUCUAAAUAAACUUGAACCGUUGUGAAGCUCGCAGCUUAUCGCGAUGUUACUAUAACAUGUGAGUCGACUCGCAAGUCACAGCUCGAAACGCAAAUCAUAACACUAUGCAGAUACAAAUUGAGCUAAGCUGUGAACCGGUUCAAUGAUCUGUUUCACACAUGUGAGCCGAUCUGAUCUGUAGGUCAUCAAUAUUUGUUGAGUUAUCCAUUUCUGUAGGCUAUUAUUGAAUUAGUGUUUGGAAGUUCAUUGCAUUAUGAGCGUUAUAACGCCAUCUAUCGGAUAUAAUAGUUAAAAACAAAAUGUAAGCACUGAACUAGUGUAUUGCUCAAAUUGUUUAAAUCUGUUCUGUGUUAAAAUAAUAUGAGGAGGAAAAUUAAAGUAAGAAAAUACUUGCCAUUGCCAGCGACUCCAUUUUCGAGGAAUUAAAAAAAUAACUUAACUAGUAGCCUAUGAUCUACCUCUUUGCUGAAUUUCAUCGAAAUACAUGCAACUGUUCUGGAGAUACCUUCAAACAAACAUCCGUCCUUCAUCCAUCCAUCUAAACAUGCACAUUUAUAAUAUUAGUAAGAUGGUUUUUACUUUUUAUGGCGAAACUCAAAUAACCCAAAUCGUGCCAUCUAGCGAUGAAAAGUAAACAAUUAAAUAUGUUUUUUUAUCAAAAGUAAUAAAA